AUGACAUCUCCAACGUUUGUCUUCAUCCUGACGUGUUUGAUCGUAGGACAAACUGCUCAGACAGUUGCUCUGGAAUCUUCUUCCUCUGUUCGUCAUGAGACACGAGAAACUGGAGAGAAUAUCACUUUACAAUCUUCAGUCGACCGUCAUAGCUCCAUGUUGUUGUUCUGGUUUAAGCAAACUCUUGGAGAGAAACUGAAGCCCAUCUGUUCUUUUAAAAAAUAUGGAACUUUGAAUAUUUUUUUUGGUGAGUUUAAGGAUGAUCCACGCUUCACAAUGGAUACUCAAAACGGUGAAAAUAAUUUAAAAAUGUCAUAUUUGCAGAUGUCAGACUCAGCUACAUAUUACUGCAUGGGUUCAGAUAUCUCUGUUUUAGAAGUUGUAGAAACCAUCACAGUCAGUGUGAAGGGUUCAGGUGUGAGCGUCCCAGCUCUGGUCCAUCAGUCAGAGUCUGAAACCAUCCAGCCAGGAGGCUCUGUGACUCUGAACUGUACAGUCCACACUGGGACCUACUACUGCGCUGUGGUCUCAUGUGGAGACGGGACCAAGCUGGACUUUGGAGAUGAGGUGAGCUCUGGUGUCUUGGUGUAUUCUCUGAGUGGAGCUUUGAUAUCUGCAGUUAUCCUGAUAGUUGUCCUGGCCUUCUUAUUGUACAAGAUGAACAAAAGAAUCUGCUUCUUAUCUCAAGAGAUACAAGCAAGAUUUUCAGCUCCCUCCACAACAAACAUGGAGGUAAGACUAGCUCCUUUAACUGGUAACAAAGGAACAGACGACGUCUGUUAUGCUGCUCUGAACAUUAACAUGCCCAACACAUCAAGAAGACAGAGAAACACAGCCAGAGAUGAAUGUGUGUAUUCCAGUGUGAGGCAGUAG